GCUGUGCAGAGCUAGCAGGCCACAGCAGCACCUGCAUCUGUACUCAGUCAGUCCUGUUGCCUGCUCCCUUCUGCUUGCCCACUGCCGGGCAAGUAAGGAACACCCUGCUUCGUGAAACCUUGUUCUCCAGCGUGAUUGCGCCCACACUGCUCUGUGGCGUUCUCUUCUUGGCGUGGGUUGCUGCUGAAGUUCCAGCAGAGAGCAGAAGGAUGGCAGAGAGUGGAGCCAGGAGCCAGGAAGGCCGCCGGCAGCAUGCCUUCAUCCCAGAGCCUUUUGAUGGAGCUAAUGUCCCUCCAAGCCUCUGGCUGCACCGCUUUGAAGUCAUCGAUGACCUCAACCAUUGGGACCAUGUCACCAAGCUAAGGUUCCUGAAAGAGUCCCUUCGGGGAGAUGCCCUGGAGGUCUACAGUGGGCUUACUCCCCAGAACCAGGGAGAUUAUGAGAUAGUGAAAGAGGCCCUCCUGAAGGCCUUUGGAGUCCCCAGGACUGUCGCCAGCCACCUGCCCAAAGAGAUCGUCUUUGCCAACAGCAUGGGUAAGGGUUACUACCUCAAGGGGAAGAUUGGCAAAGUACCUGUGAGGUUCCUAGUGGACUCUGGGGCCCAGGUCUCCGUGGUGCACCCAAGCUUGUGGGAGGAUGUCACCGAUGGCGAUCUGGAGACCUUGAAGCCCUUUGAUAGUGUGGUGAAGGUGGCCAAUGGCGCUGAAAUGAAGAUCCUGGGUGUCUGGGAUACCACAGUGUCCCUGGGCAAACUGAAGCUGAAGGCAAAAUUCCUAGUGGCCAACGCAAGUGCUGAGGAGGCCAUCAUUGGCACCGACGUGCUCCAGGACCACAAUGCUGUCCUGGACUUCGAGCACCGCACAUGCACCCUGAGGGGGAAGAAGUUCCGCCUUUUGCCUGUGGGAGGGUCCCUGGAAGAUGAAUUUGAUCUGGAGCUCAUAGAGGAGGAGCCCUCUUCAGAGGAGGCACAGCAGUAGCUCUUUCAUUGAGAAGCCCCCUUUCUUUAACUCCCCAAUAUUGGUGAGAAACCCACCAUUGUUGGGGGUGCAUAACUUCAGGGGAGUCCUUGGGUGUGGCCAACCCUCUAAAUCAACUCUUACCCUUCCCUUUUCCUCCCUCCACAAAAGCCUUCAUCUGCCCCUGGGGGAAAGGCUUCCAAUGAAAAGGCACAGGUGAGGGAGGGAGAGCAGGCUGGCCUGGAGGGACAGGGUCCCCAU